CUAAAUCUAAAAUUGAUGCCAAGCCCACAGCCGAGGAACCGUUCGUUGCUCCAAUCGAUGAACCCCGCAAAAAUGUUUGUCCAUUUGCCCUAACAAUGCCAUAAGACCCAAAGCCAUCGCUGCUUGCGUCCUCUCUGUGCCCGCUCUUCACCCACUCUCGACCUCGGUAGAUCUUCGACACUUGAGCGAUCGAUUUUUUAAUCAAUCAAUCCAUCACGUUUUUUACUAGUUCGCCAAGAAUGGUUUCCGGACUUUUGCAUCCAUCUCCCAUGGUUCCGUAGAGCAUGUCUGGCCCUUUUCCUCGGCGACUAACAUUUCUGGACUGCGUCGUCAUAUUUUUGAACUUAAUUCUCGCAUCACAGCUUAUUUUCCAAUCCUCGUUUGAAGUGGGUGUUACGGACUUCCGUUUUGUUUGUUUCCGGUUUUAUGGAUCUAAACUUGCAGUCUCCGUCGUCUGGUAAUGCUGAUGCAAAAACAGCAUUUCAUAAGCCCUCAAAUGAUGCUGCCAACAGGAAAUAUCGGCGACGUUCUCCAGUUAGUGGGUCAUCUUCUGAUGGCAGUCCUAGGAGGGAGCAUAGCUCUAGCCCCAUUUUGUCAAGGGAUGAUUCAAGAGCCUUUGAUUAUCGAAAAAGAAGGAAAGAUGAAGGAAGAGAUUUAGACAGGGAAUCUGGUCGGAGUCAGUACAGUAGAAGUGAUGAUUUUUAUAGACAUUCUGAUCGACGUUCCUCCAGGAGUUCCCAUGGUUACAGUAAACAUGAUGACUAUGUAAGACAUGAAAAGCAUCUAGAUGAAGAGGAUAGAGAUUAUCAGAGGUCCUCACGAUCUGGUCGAGAGCCAAGGAGUUCAAGUCAUUCUGAUUCUUCCAGACAAGAAAGUGAACAUAAUAGGUCAAGAGAAUAUUCUCGGAAUGCGGACAAGUAUUUCCGUGAUAAGCAUGAUGUUGCAGGUUAUAGAAGCAAGGAUAAGGAGAGGGGAAGGAGGCGUUCUAACCCAAGUUAUGAAGAAAAUAGAUCUGGUGAGCGGGAUAGGCUUUCAAGGGAUGGAAAUGUUCGGGAUGAGAGAAGAGAUUAUCGUUGGAGUUCAGGAGACUAUAGAAAUGAUCGUAUGCCUUCCCAUGAAGAGUAUAAUAAGGGGCAUCGAAAUGACUCAGCGAGGGACACUGGUGGACAUCGCCAGAAAGAAGCUUAUAAAAGUGAUUUAAAGGAAUUUGAUGGUCAAAAACAUUCGAAAGAGGAUAAGAAGAAAUAUAAUGACUGGGAAAGUAACAGGGACAAUGAUCACUGUGACAAAGAAAUGGAGCAGUAUGAAAAUAAAACUAUUUAUAUAGGUGAAAACCAAGAAUCUUUGGCAAAAAAGCCUAAGUUAUUCAGCUUGGACAAAUGCACUGAUUAUGGUAAAGAUGUUAAAUCUUCACCGAGUGUGGGCGAUGAAAGACAGUCAUCAAGUGUAAAGCAGUCUCAGGAGAUUUUCAGUAAAAUAACUUCAGAACAGGGACUUGCCAAUAGCUCUGAGGCUACUAAUGAUCUGAAUGCUGCAAAAUUUGCUGCACUGAAAGCUGCUGAAUUAGUUAAUAAGAACCUCACUGGUGUGGGUUGCAUGUCUACUGAGCAAAAGAAGAAACUGCUGUGGGGAAACAAAAAGAACACUCCUGUUGAAGAGUCUGGUCACCAUUGGGAUACAACUCUCUUCUCUGAUCGUGAACGACAAGAAAAAUUCAAAAAACUCAUGAGUCUGAGGUUGCCUUGGUGCCUAUGGCCAAUUGUAGGGUGUGAAGGGCGAGUUGAAAGUGGAGCACAACCCCAAGCAGCAAGAUGGUGGCGACCUGCUCCGAGCCGAGAAGGAGAAGGAACUCCAGCUGGAUCUAGAGAAGCAAUACACUGCUGGACUCCGACGAAGAGAUGGUCGCACUGUUGGUCUUGGUCUCUAGGAAUAUUUACUGGAUCAUAUUGUACUUGCACCGCAAUGUUUUGUGACAUUCUGUUGUACACUCGUGUGAUAAUCUCGUUUCUUAUGAUUAUAUACUUAAUGCAAACCACUCAGUGAAUUUAAGAUCUAGGCAAGAAAAGAUGUAAUGUUUUUGGCA